AUGGCGCAAGCUCAUCGUGCUGAUGCCAGUCAAUUUCUGGACAACCGAGGCUACACCGGUCCCCUAGUGCGCGGCGUCAAUCCUGUCACCCUCUUCGAGAAAGCCGUGCGCGACCGCAUCACGGAUUCAUACUACUGGAAGGAGCAAUGCUUCGGUUUGAAUGCGGCAACUCUUUGCGAUCGCGCUACCGAGUUAACAUUCGUCGGCGGUACAUAUGGUGUCUCCGAGAAGCCUUCGCCAUUUCUAUGCCUUGCCUUUAAACUCCUACAACUCAAUCCAGAACGAGACGUCAUCCUCGAAUACCUCAACUUCAGCGAUCCGGGCAGCGAUGAUGAGGAUGGGGAAAAUGCGGUGCUAAAUUCUCGUGGCGAUUUUAAGUACCUGCGCGUGCUGGCGGCCUUUUAUGUGCGACUUACGUUUGAUGCGGUCGACGUCUACAAGACCUUGGAGCCGCUACUCCUCGAUUAUCGAAAACUGAAGCGACGUGUACGGGACUCGUUCACUUUGACAUAUGUGGAUCAAUUCAUCGAUGAUCUUCUCACAAAAGACCGCGUCUGUGGUACAAGUUUGUGGAAAUUGCCACCACGUUCACAAUUGGAGGACCUGGACAUGCUGGAUGAGCGGAUCAGUCCAUUGGCGGAUGAACUAGAAGAGCUCGACCAGGAUGACCAGGACGGGGAAGAGGAAGAUCGCGGAGAUGAUCAUGACCGUAGUGAUGGUGAAAUUUCGAGCUCGAAGGAUGAAAAUCACCACUGA